AGCCGACUUCCUCCAGUUGUGGGAGGAGACUUUCGUCUCUUUUUCCAGUCCUUAGAAUCAGAGAGGUGAAGUGGACUGAGCCAGAUGGCUUGAGUACUACUUUGUACUUUAUAAUCCCAAAGUAGUUUGCUCAGGUAAUUGCCUGCCUGGGCCAAAGUCUAGCUGUUCAUUUUGAUUAUAGACAACCACUUGAUUAUUCAUAUAGGAAUAGCCAGUUUGUGAUGUUCUGCUACCCGCAUUUCAUUGUGAAGGAGAGUGUGAAACAGAUUUUAACAUGAUGGCAGGGAGGCAUCAGAAUUGCAGCUUUCCUCUCCCUGGAGCGCAGUCUAGUGGUCAAGUACAUGCUUUUGGAAACUGCACAGACAAUGACAUUUUGGAGGAGGAUGCUGAAGUGUAUGAGCUUCGAUCCAGAGGAAAAGAGAGAGUCCGAAGAAGUACAUCAAGAGAUAGACUUGAUGACAUUAUUUUAUUAACAAAAGACAUACAGGAGGGAGACACUUUAAAUGCAAUAGCCCUUCAGUACUGUUGCACGGUAGCAGAUAUCAAGAGAGUUAACAAUCUCAUCAGCGAUCAAGACUUUUUUGCUCUUAGAGCUAUCAAAAUUCCAGUUAAAAAGUUUAGUUCAUUGACUGAAUCACUUCAUCCUCCAAAAGGAAGACAGGCUUCACGUCCUUCACCUGUUCAGUGUGCUCCAGAACAACAGGAAAUUCUGCCAGCAAAUGAAUCUCUUUCUUCCAGUGAGUCAGCUGGUAGCUUUUUAAAAGAAGUUGAUCGAGACAUUGAACAAAUUGUGAAGUGUACAGACACCAAGAAGGAGAACCUUAAUGAGGUAGUGUCAGCCUUAACUGCGCAACAGAUCUGUUUUGAGCCCGAUAACAAAAACACAAAACGCAAGGAUCCCUAUUAUGGAGCAGAUUGGGGAAUAGGGUGGUGGACAGCUGUGGUGAUAAUGUUGAUAGUAGGUAUAAUAACACCAGUAUUUUAUUUGCUGUACUAUGAGAUUUUAGCUAAAGUGGAUGUUAGUCACCAUUCAACAGUGGACUCUUCGCAUUUGCAUUCAGGAAUCACACCCUCAUCCCAGCACAGAGAAAUGGAAAAUGGCAUUGUGCCCACCAGAGGAAUCCAUGUUGGCCAACAAGAUGGCCACAGACUGUAUGGGGAAGAUCCUCAGUCAGCCGCUGCUCAACAUGAAACAUAGCAGUCAGCUCCUCAGCACGGUGCCUUUGCAGUGUGGUGAAUCGCUCAGUAACCGCUGCAAAGACAAUGUAGGGUGAUUGAAGAUGCUUUUUGUUUUUAUCUUUCGGAGACUCACUGAGCAUUUACAAGUGGAUUAUAUAGAGAAUCCCUACAGUUGAUGGUGGUUCAGGUUAAGAGCGCUCAAUCCAUAAGGCUGUUGUAUUAGUGCUGAAAGGAAAAACUGAAUUCAAAUGUUUAGGAAGUUUUUGGAAGAUGUGUUAUUUUUCUUACUCAAAACUAUGUUUAAACUUGAUCUUGUAAUUUUUUUAUUUAAGGUUAUAUUUCAGAAGCAGAAUGAUAGUAUCAGAUGUCUAGAACUGAAGAAAAUGUAUUACUGUGAACCACCAAAUUACUUAGUUGCAAAAAAAGUUUGCUUCUAAAAUUGAUAGCAAGUACCUAACAUCCUUUUUUGAAACUUAUAUUAAAAAACAUUCAGCCCCUAUGCUAGGAAACAGACAUGUUUAAUUCUGAAGGUAGCUAAGAAAUGAUUAAAAUAUUUUUAAAACCACAAAGAAUGUGGUACAGUUGAAAAUUUGGUGCUUGAUCACUAGAACACUGGAAUAGGUUAAAGCUAAAAACAAUUUUUCUUUCUCUUAAUGCUUUUUGAUCCUUUAACUUCACUUCUGCCUGUUUUUGAUAUUUGAAAGCACUUUGUAGUUCAUCAUUGAAGUGUUAUAGUACACAUUAGCAUUAUUUAGAAAUAUAACUCCACAUACUGUGACAUCAUUGCUGUUACAUAUAGUAACAAGCCUUAAUUACAUUUAAUGCCUUAUAAUACGCUUUUAUGUACGUUACUGUAAAUUCUAGAAUCGAAGUAGAAUUUCACAUGGUCUAACUGGAUUCAUUACAUAGGCUGUGUAAAUUCCACCCUACCUUCACAUUCAAGCACAAGUUAAAGGGUCCAGUGCAAGUCUUUGUUGUUUGCCUGUGAGGUGUGCUGCAGAAAAUGGUUAAGCAAAAAACAAAGCAUUAGGAGGCAUUUUCUGUUUAUAACAGAGAAAAAUGGCUUCACUUGUGGAUUCCUUAACCACGUUUUUCAGAGAGAAAAUGUCCCGCUAAGACAGCUAGUGUCCAGCUGAUGGCACACAGCCGAUGGGGACACAGGCCAGAGGUGGAUGGGUUGGGUGAGGGCUUGAAGGUGCCACCCUACAAGCUCUGCCCCGCAACAGCCCCAGUCUGGCUAAUAAGCAUUUGCAUAUUGAUUUCCAUCCUUCACUUUUUAAAAAGAUACUUGUUUAUAAAAUGUAAAAUGAUUCAAUAGAAGCAAGAUUUGGUGGAGUCCACAUUGGCUGUUUUGUAUAAAAUUGUCACCUUCAGAUACAUGCCCCCGAAUUUUCUGGGUAUUGCUUCCCAGUCUUCAUAAUGUUUCAGCUUUUGAAUGAAUCAUUUUAGAUGCAAGCUCCAAUCUUGAUACAAAAUAGUGUGAAUAAAUAUUAAAGUUAAAAAUGAUACGGGUUUUUAGGAAAAAAAGCAUCAGAUGGAGAAGUCAAACAUUUCUAAAGCCUUGCAUAUAUCAGAAGACUUCUUCUGAAAAGUGUUUAAUAGGGAAGUUGCAGUGAACUGAUUAAGGAGUCAGGAGGUCUUUUAGCUAAAUAAUUUUUAAUUAUUUUAGUGUGCCUUGGCAUCUUGGAAAGAGGAGUGAUCUUUUAAUUUAUGCUUAGUGUUAACUUGACCAGUUUACAUUGUUUAUUAAGCCUGCUGCAAAACCCAGCUUUAGAGUAGAAAGUGCAGACUGUUUCAGGACAGAACAGGUUGGAUGUCGUUUGUAUACUCCAUAAACAUUUAACUGGUGAAAUUAGAGCCACUGAUUCCUUUGUUCAUUUUACACUGAAAUUGUGACGGAGGAGUCCAAUGUGUAGUUAUUAAAACUUUUGUCUUGCAGAGUAUUCUUUUUGAAUGAAAUACAUAUAUUCUGAUGAAACACAAUGAGGCAAUUUAUUUUU